GGCAUUCACAGGCAUCCAUCCCCGCGUUCCGCGUCUGUCCGCGUCACGUCACCCGUUGUUGAUCCGCGUCAUUGGUGUGCAUUGGCGUGCCACCAGUGCCAGCGAUCGUGUCGUUCAGUGCCGUUGGGGCGUGCUUCCGAAGAGUCGCGGAUCGAACGUGGAGUAGCGUAAGACAAAAUUGGUGCGAGUGACAGACCUCAAGUUUUUUUCUUGGGUGCGCUUGUCGCAUAGGAGACUCGUGUCUUUCGUGGUGGGAUAGAGGACGAUUCCUAAGUGCAAGGCGAUGAUACGAUGACCGCUCUCGGGUGUCUCGUGUACGCAUUCGCCGUCGCUACGGCGAGCUCGCUCGCGUACGCCUAUGACGACGAGUGCAUCUUUCCUCUUUUGGAUAGAGCUCAACUAACAGCGACAACUUCCUUGUCAGAAAGAGGAGCAAACAACGCUAGAAUAAAUGGCGGAAACGCAUGGACGGCUAGCAACUCUGAUUUCGGUCAGUAUUUAAUAAUCGACUUGGGCCAAGUAAUGAACAUCACAGCUGUGGCGACUCAGGGACGAUCGUUGCAGAACGAAUAUGUUAUGGAAUAUCGUAUUAGCUAUGGUACCAAUGGACUCGAUUAUAAGGAUUAUAAGGAAGAAGAUGGCAAUACAAAGAUGUUCAAAGGUAAUACAGAUGGAGACAGGAUAAAACUCAACAAGUUUGACGUACCAAUAAUCGCGCAAUGGAUUAGAAUAAAUCCAACGCGAUGGCGAGACAGGAUAUCGUUGAGAGUCGAACUUUACGGAUGCGACUACGUGUCCGACGUCGUUUCCUUUAACGGAUCUUCCCUCAUACGGCUAGAUUUACUCAGAGAGCCUGUUGAAACUGACAGGCAUUUCAUACGUUUUCGAUUUAAGACAAAUAAUGCCGAUGGCGUGUUAAUGUAUUCCCGUGGCACACAGGGUGAUUAUAUAGCCUUGCAAUUGCGUGACAACAGGAUGUUACUUAAUAUCGAUCUUGGAUCCGGUAUUAUGACGAGUUUAUCUGUCGGUAGUCUUCUGGACGACAAUUUGUGGCACGAUGUUUUAAUUUCACGCAACCGAAAAAAUGUUUCAUUCUCUGUCGAUAGAGUAUUGAUUAAAGGUAGAAUAAAGGGCGAAUUCCAUCGACUAGACUUAAAUCGAGAGCUCUACAUCGGCGGUGUGCCUAAUAAACAGGAUGGUUUGGUGGUGAAUCAAAAUUUUACUGGUUGUAUAGAGAAUUUUUACCUAAACGCGACGAAUAUAAUUCACGAGUUGAAGGAAACAGAAAUCAUAGAUGAAAAUUUGAGAUAUUACAAGAUACAUACACUUUACACUUGUCCAGAACCUCCGAUAAUACCGGUUACAUUUUUAACUCCCGGAUCUUUUGCCAGACUAAGAGGAUACGAGGGUGUACCGUCUAUGAAUGUCUCUCUCGCGUUUCGAACGUACGAAGACAGAGGCAUAAUUCUUUACCAUCAAUUCACGACUCCGGGCCACGUCAAGCUGCAUCUAGAGGAAGGUAAACUGAAAAUCGAUAUACAAACCAAGGAUUAUCCGCUCGCUACUUUGGACAACUUUUAUGAGAAGUUCAACGACGGAAAGUGGCAUCAAGUAAUCUUGACGAUCGCCAAAAAUUCUCUCGUUUUAAAUGUCGAUGGACGCCCGAUGAAAACGGAGCGUCUUCUAGAUAUGUUAACCGGAUCGUAUUACUUGAUCGGUGGGGUGAUCGGAGCGGAAAGCAAUUACGGUUUUGUUGGCUGUAUGAGAAUGAUAAGUAUCGAUGGAAAUUAUAAAUUACCGACUGACUGGAAGGAGGAAGAGUACUGCUGUAAGAACGAGGUUGUCUUCGAUACUUGUCAAAUGGUGGAUCGCUGUAAUCCGAAUCCUUGCAAACAUUCCGGUGUUUGCCGUCAAAAUUCUGAUGAGUUUUUCUGCGAUUGUGUCAAUACUGGAUACACCGGCGCAGUCUGUCACACCUCGUUAAAUCCACUAUCGUGCGAGGCAUUUAAGAAUAUGAAUUCGGUAAAUCAGCGUGCGGAAAUUAAAAUCGAUGUGGACGGAAGCGGGCCCUUAAAACCUUUCCCUGUCACUUGCGAGUUUUUCGCCGACGGCCGCGUAAUGACGGUUUUACGUCAUAGUAACGAGCAUUCGACUCCCGUCGAUGGAUUUGAGGAGGCUGGUAGCUUUAUACAAGAUGUUAAUUAUGACGCUGAUCUUGAUCAAAUAGAGGCUUUAUUAAAUCGAUCUAUAAGCUGUAGACAAAGGAUAAAUUACGCAUGUAAACAUUCCAGGUUAUUUAAUUCUCCAGUUCCCCAAGGUGAUUAUUUUAGACCAAACUCGUGGUGGGUGAGCCGAAAUAAUCAAAAGAUGGAUUAUUGGGGCGGCGCACUGCCCGGAUCGCGAAAAUGCGAGUGCGGUAUACUUGGAAAUUGCGCGGAUCCUACCAAGUGGUGCAACUGCGACGCCAAUCUAGAAGGAUGGUUAGAGGAUGGUGGGGAUAUUACAGAGAAGGAAUAUCUUCCUGUUAAACAAUUACGUUUUGGCGAUACGGGUACGCCACUCGAUGAAAAAGAGGGUCGUUAUAUGUUAGGCCCGCUUAUUUGCGAGGGUGAUGAUUUGUUUAAAAAUGUAGUCACAUUCCGCAUAGUGGAUGCUACCAUCAAUUUGCCAACCUUUGAUAUUGGGCACAGCGGCGAUAUUUAUUUUGAGUUUAAGACCACUAUCGAGGACGCUGUGAUAAUUCAUAGCAAAGGACCUACCGAUUAUAUCAAGAUAUCCAUAAACACUGGAAACCAGAUACACUUCCAAUAUGUGGCCGGUGGAGGACCACUUACUGUUAACGUGCAAACGUCUUACAACUUGGCAGACGAUCGGUGGCACUCCGUAUUAGUGGAAAGAAAUCGCAAGGAAGCUCGGAUUGUCAUCGAUGGGGCGUUGAAGAACGAAGUGCGAGAACCCCCGGGUCCCGUACGAGCGUUGCAUCUUACCUCGAAUCUCGUGGUGGGUGCUGCGACCGAUUACAGGGACGGAUUCGUCGGUUGCAUAAGAGCAUUACUUCUCAAUGGUCAAUUGCAAGAUCUAAGAAGUUACGCUCGACGUGGAUUAUAUGGUAUUUUGGAAGGUUGUGUUGGCAGAUGUGAGAGUAAUCCUUGCCUUAAUAAUGGGACGUGCCAUGAAAGAUAUGACGGAUAUUGGUGCGAUUGCCGAUGGACCGCGUUUAAGGGACCAAUUUGUGCGGACGAAAUUGGCGUAAAUAUGCGGCCUAGUUCGAUGAUAAAGUAUGACUUCAUGGGCAGCUGGCGUUCCACCAUUGCUGAGAAAAUACGCGUUGGUUUUACGACAACGAAUCCGAAAGGAUUUUUAUUGGGCCUGUUUUCCAAUAUUUCUGGAGAGUACAUGACUAUAAUGGUUUCAAACAGUGGACAUUUACGUGUAGUAUUUGACUUUGGUUUCGAACGGCAGGAAGUCAUAUUUCCGCUGAAGCAUUUCGGUUUAGGACAGUAUCACGAUAUCAGGAUUGGUAGGAGAAACUCAGGUGCUACUUUGAUAAUGCAGGUCGAUAAUUAUGAGCCGCGGGAGUUCAAUUUUAACAUAAAGAAUUCCGCGGAUGCUCAAUUCAACAAUAUUCAGUACAUGUACAUCGGUAGAAAUGAAUCCAUGACGGAAGGAUUUGCGGGUUGCAUAUCGAGGGUUGAAUUUGACGAUAUAUAUCCGUUGAAACUACUUUUCCAAGAGAACGGACCUGAUAAUGUGCGCUCACUCGGUACUCCUUUAACUGAAGACUUCUGCGGAGUUGAACCGAUCACGCAUCCACCAGAUAUCGUGGAGACGCGACCACCGCCUGAGGUAGAUGAAGAAAAAGUGAGAGCAGCAUAUAACGAGACUGACACGGCUAUUCUAGGAAGCGUUCUAGCGGUUAUUCUGAUUGCACUUGUGAUCAUGGCAAUCCUUAUAGGCAGAUACAUGUCUAGGCAUAAAGGUGAAUAUUUGACGCAAGAAGAUAAGGGUGCUGAAAUUGCCCUGGAUCCGGAUUCAGCGGUUGUAAACUCUGCCACCGGUCAUCAAGUCCAAAAAAAGAAAGAGUGGUUUAUCUAAAAACUAAAAUGCAUCACAUUAGAUAUGUAUGCAUUAGAGAGAAGUAAUGAGUAUACAUUAAUUUAAUCUAAAUUUAUAUAUAUAUAUAUAUAUAUAUAUAUAUAUAUAUAUAUAUAUAUCUUUGAUAAGGAUAGAAUCUCUUUUGCUCCAUUCAAUUGAUUUUUUAUAUUAUAAUUUUACAUCAGGGACACAUCAUAGAAAUAAAAAUAAAAAAACUAGUCAAAAUUCAGAAAAACUAACUUUGAAAUUCCGUUAUGAGACUCUUGUGACAAUUUUAUUAAGUACUUAAAUUUUUAAUUAUAAAUUCAAUUGUUAAUUCUAUUUAGAGAUUAUUUUUAUAUAUAUAGUGUUGUCUUCCUGAAAGGUUUGACAAUAGUGUUAUAAAGAGGCCUAAUGAAUUUUAAAAUAUUAAAAAAUAGUUUCGGCAUUUUUAAAAGUUUUCGAGCAAAUAGACUUAUGGGGACCAUGCUAUAAAUUUAGACUAAGAAAUCGGAAUUAUACUUUGUAGAAUCUGAAUUUUGGCUAGCUUUUUCGGAUCUUGUUUGACUAUGUAGCAUUCACAAAAUUACCAUUCCAUAUUAUUUCUUAGUGCAACUUUGCAUAAUAUAACUGCUGGUAUAUUAGUUUCUUAAAGUGCAAUUACGAUGCAAAUGAAUGGUUUUCAUUUUUACGCUUCAUUUAUUGUAUGGAUGAAGAAUAGAAUCUCU